AUGGUUAUAGCAAUUGGGUUUGAAGGAAGUGCCAAUAAACUUGGUAUUGGUAUUGUGAAAAAUGGAGAAAUUCUUGCUAAUUGCAGACGAACAUAUAUAACACCGCCGGGAGAAGGUUUUCUGCCAAGGGAGACAGCUGAACAUCAUCAGGAAAAUAUUCAUGAGGUACUUCGAGAGGCAUUUACACAAUCGGGCUUAGGCCCAAAGGAUAUAGACAUUGUAUGCUAUACCAAAGGCCCAGGGAUGGGUGCACCAUUAAUGGUGUGUGCCAUUGUAGCCAGAACUUGUGCCAAGCUGUGGGACAAACCCAUCAUUGGUGUCAACCAUUGCAUUGGACAUAUUGAAAUGGGCAGGCUGAUAACAAAGGCAAACAACCCAACUGUAUUGUAUGUGAGCGGUGGCAAUACUCAGAUCAUUGCCUAUUCUAGGAAACGAUACAGAAUUUUUGGAGAAACAAUAGACAUUGCCGUUGGAAAUUGCUUAGACAGAUUUGCAAGAGUAUUAAAACUUUCUAAUGCACCCAGUCCUGGUUAUAAUAUUGAACAGGCUGCUAAAAAAGGAAAAAAAUACUUGCCAUUACCAUACAGUGUUAAAGGUAUGGAUGUGAGUUUCUCUGGUAUUUUAUCAUUCAUGGAGGACAAAAUUCAUGAACUCUUAAUGGAAUACACUCCAGAAGAUCUGUGCUAUUCAUUGCAAGAAACGGUGUUUGCCAUGCUGGUUGAGAUUACUGAGAGAGCUAUGGCACACUGUGGCUCUGAUGAGGUGUUGAUAGUGGGCGGGGUGGGCUGCAACCUGCGACUGCAGGAGAUGAUGGGCGUGAUGUGCUCGGAGAGGGGCGCGCGAUUGUUUGCGAGCGACGAGCGCUUCUGCAUCGACAACGGUGUGAUGAUCGCCCACGCUGGAGCCCUAGCGUUCGAGUCGGGCGCCGCCGCGGAUUUCGACGACUCCACCGUGACGCAGCGGUAUCGCACCGAUGAUGUGCUGGUUACCUGGCGCGAGGAC